UCUGUGCGGUGCUCUCUCGCCUCGCAGACCACACACCGUUGUUCACAUGCCGCAACGGAACACGACAAUGAAGGGGAGGAGAGAGAGCGGAGGAGGAGAGGGGGGGGAAGGCAAGAGAGGACGGGGGCACGUCCCGAACUCGGCAAAAAGGAUCGUAGUUGAUAACAGCUUGGACGACAACGAAGAAAAGGAGGACGUGGCGGUGACGGGCGUCCAAGGCCAGCAGGUGGGCGGGCGAUUGGGUUUCGGGCGGGACGGUGUGCCAAUGGAGCAGAUCGCGGCAUUCAAGCAGGCUGGCGGAAGUGGUGCCACCUUCGCCCAGGUGAGGACACCGAAGGCAGGCGGGUUAGUCAUCAAUGAGGGGCGGUCGCUGAGGCCAGUCCCGCCGGCAGGGGAUGCGGCGGCGAGCGCCGCUCGUGGUGCGAUCAUCCCGGUUGCUGGGGUGGGGUGGGUGGACAAACAGACGGGCAAGGCGAAGUCCCCUGCGAAGGGCGGGGAGGGUGGCGUUAAAGGGAUCAGCCCCCCCAACGAACGUGAAGCCAGAGCGACUGGGUCAGGUGGUGGUGGGGAAGAGAGAAGGGCAUUGGACAUUCGCCGCGACGACAAGAGCGAGGGAGGGAGGAGGGAGAGCGACAACGAUGACGACAACCGCCCUUCAAAAAGGUUGAAGAAGCACGGCCUGGAGGACGAUCUGGAGGAGAGGUCGAAAAUGUGGGUGGAUAGCGAUGCGUUUUGGGGUCAAGGUCCCGAGAAACCGUUGAGGGAGGCCGUUACGGACUGCGCGGAUUACUUCAUCACCAUCGCCAACGGGGACUCAGGAGCUGAGCCGCCGCCCAUGCUCAUCAUGCCGCCUGCUGAUAUCCAGCACACGAAGAUCGACGACCCUACGCAGCAUGAUCCGACUUUGCAGAGAGCAAGGGCCAUCGAGAGAAUCGUGAUGGGAGCGAUCCACGGGUGGAUCUUCAAGUCGUCAUCAAGGUCGAAUGGCUUCGCAUGUGCGGAGUCCUACAUCACCGUGGACUACGCCACUGACAUCGCGCACGCUGUGUGGCAAGGCUUGGAAUGGUCGAGAGUGGUCUCCCCGAUGCUCGUUUACUACACAUUCCAGAUGAAGAUGGACAUGCCUCUGUGGUUCGCGGGGUUGAAAAUCGUCGACAGGCCUGAAGAUGAUGACAUGGCCGCGCAGCAGGAGGCGACAAUCAUUCGCGUGGCGGACUCAGUCUGCUGGACGGAUGCGUUGCACUAUGGGCAUUGGACGGACGACGAUAGGUUGAAGCAGGAUAGGCUGUCUAGACUCGCGGAUUGUCUGCGUUAUCUUGUAAGCGCUUGCAUGUGGAUCAUGCGAAUGGGUGGCGACGACUAUCGGUCGCACUACGACGCGGGAUACUUCGCUGCACUCACCGUGAAACCCACCCUCAUUGUUGUGGGGUGUUACGCCUUCAACUAGAGGCGUCACAUCGUCGACACGGCGAACAUUGUAUUGGAUCGCCUGGGGAAGCCGCACGUCACGCUGGGAGAGUAUCCGCAGUGCAUCCCGAAAUGGGUCGACUGCGGGGUGGUGUGCGCUUGCUCACAAUGCGGCGUUGAAGAAUGCU